AUGGCCAGCGUCGCCAGCAACAACAACAUCGCCGAGAGGGGCGCAACAGCACACAGCAUUCGUUUGCUGCACAAUGCAACGGGCAUGCCACAUGGGCUGGGUCUGCUGACCACUGUGGCAUCGCUGCCACCCAAAUAUCGCAGUCGCUAUCUGAACAUCAAGACCAAGUGUGAAAUACCCUUGGAUUUGUCUGUAAAGCCGCCAUCACCGCAAAUAGCGAACGAUGUGCCAAUGGCAACCGCAUUUGCCGAAGUCUAUACCGAACCGGUAUCAGGCACAGCAGCAACAUCAACAGUAACAGCAACAGUAGCAGCAACCACAUCACUCCCAUCCAUCCGACAUUCGCCCACAGAAGCUGCCAUGCCAUUAAAGCCCAUAACGCCACCGCAGAGUCCAGCGAAGCGAAAAUUUAACGAACUACAGCAAAGCAGUGAGGAUGAUGCUGAGCAGCCAGCCAAAAUGCCAAAAGUGAAGCACAUAGAACAGGCACAACCACAGCCAGCAGUUGCCACCACACCAGCGAAGCCCAUCAAAGCCGCCGAUACGGCACCGCGCACCUCAAAACCACCAACGCCGAGCACAAAGCCCCAACGAAAUAAAGCGACGCGCAAGCUUAAAUUCGAUGAGGAGACCAGUUCACCGGUCUCCGGCACCAUUAUACGUCCGCUCGAGGAUAUUACCGAUGGCACCAUGCAGUACAGUAAUGGCGACAUCGAUCCCAAAUACAAUAUCGUCGAAGUAACUGAGGAGACCAAAGCGGAGCUGGCGGCCAUUAAGAAUGUCAUUGGCGACUAUGUGUGCAAGCUGUGUCGCAUUAAGUUCGAGGAUGCCUUUGGGCUGGCACGGCAUCGUUGCGCCUGCAUUGUCCUCCUUGAAUACCGUUGUCCCGAGUGUGGCAAACAGUUCAAUUGUCCGGCCAAUUUGGCCUCACAUCGACGCUGGCACAAGCCAAAGAAGGAGCCGGCAUCCAAGAAGGAAAAUCGCAAUACCAUCAAUCAGCAGCAGCAGCAGCAACAACAACAACAACAACAGCAGCAGCUACAUAAUGAGUCUGGAAAGAAUGCUGAAGAGCUGCCCUUUGGCUGUGCAGAAUGUGGCAAGAAAUUUAAACGUCAAGCCUAUCUGCGCAAACAUCAGCAAACGCAUGCGAAGCGUGGAACGCAGAAAAAGCUGCAGCCAACAACAACAAUUCAGGAUGACACGACCGCCCCAACAAAUCCAGCAGCCCCAGCAGCCUCAGCAACAACCACCACCACCACCAUCACAGCCAGCUUUCAGGCAGCACCCUACAAGUCCAGCUCGAGCUCCAGCGCCAGCUCCAGCUCGGCCAGCAGCUCGCAUUCCUAUCCGGAUGAGGGCGUCUAUGUGGUGGGUGCGGCGAGCAGCAGCCACUGCGACUACGAGCCCGACUACAUGUCCGACUGCAGCUCCUCCAGCAGCUCGGCCGGCUAUGGUCGCCUCCAAAUCGUCGAGCACGGCCUGACCGAAGAGGAGAGUAUUGCGGCGGCCGCUCUAACAAAUUUGCGAAACUGUGCCUCCGUCAUUCAACACACGACCUUGGCGCACUAA